AUGUUUUUGCUCACUUUCAACGACAGGCUGGGAAAUGCACCCCCAAAUAACCUCGGGGCCAAGGUUGGCCGCGUCCUUGAUGUUGGCGCUGGUACAGGAAUCUGGGCGAUCGAUUUCGCCGACGAGCACCCCGAAGCAGAAGUUCGCGGGAUCGACUUAUCUGUAGCAUUUCCGGAAUUCAAUCUUAGUCCCGGUGGCUAUUUGGAACUUAACGAGAUCGACCUGAUGCCCCUCUCCGAUGAUGGUACCUUGAAGCCAGACCAUACCGUCCUGAAAACAUGUCGCUUGAUUCAAGAGGCCAUGCAGAUCGUUGGUCGUCCAUAUCAAGAUAUCAAGGAGCUUAAGUCUAUGAUGGCUGAUAUUGGGUUCGUCGAUAUUAUCUUACAGCAGUACAAGUGGCCCACUAAUAGCUGGCCGAGGGAAAAGCGCCACAAGGAGCUGGGCGUUUGGAUGAAUGAGAACAUUCAUGAAGGCUGGGAGUCCAUAUGCAUGGCUCCACUGACGAGAGUUAUGGGCUGGACAAAGGAGGAGGUGAUGGAGCUCAUCGCACAGAAUAGCAAGGAACAUGAUGACCGGAGUAUUCACGCAUAUUACUCAAUGUAG